AUGAUUCUUGUUGAUUUUGACGAAACCAUCACGACCACAGAAACAACUCCAUUACUUGGCCAAUUCGGGCUGGACUAUCACGGCAGUUCACUCCCAUGGCACUAUUUUAUCGAUACAUACAUGGAAGACUAUAAUCGGAUUAAAGAACAAUUUCCAACAAACACAACAGCACCGGAAGAACGGAUCAAGGCUUUUCGAGCAGCUGAAGAAGCAUCCUUGGCAAGAAUCCACACCCGCAAAGUUUUCCAAGGCCUUACACGACAACAAAUAUUUGACCAUGGACAGAAACUAUCAACAUCUUAUCUAAGACCUGAUGCAUUGGACACAUUGGUUUCGAUCAAAAAUAACAAUGGCAAUGAUUGUUUACGGAUCGUUUCUGUCAACUGGUCCAAGGACUGGAUCCGUGGCUUUCUGGAACCUUAUUUAGAAUUGUCAUAUGAUCAAAUCUGUUCCAAUGAUCUUGUGUAUGAUGACCAAGGCAAGGCAACAGGUGAAAUCCAACAAGAGGUGCUGACAUCGUAUGAUAAAAGGCGGGUGGUACAACGUAUCAAGCACGAAAUUCCUCAAGAUAUGCCUAUUGUUUACAUUGGUGAUUCGCCAGGCGAUGUUCUUCCAUUGGUGGACGCAAACACUGGUAUUGUCAUUGGAGAUAAUCAGCGACUGUUGAAAGCAAUCAAGGACGAUUUCCAUCGCACUGUGGUAGAGUCGAUCCCAUCAUCCUCACGUACUCCUGGUCAACCACCCAUAUAUCGCGUCGAUACUUGGAACCAAAUCCGUUCAAGCGAUGUUUUUUGA